GGGAAAUGUAAAUUGUGUAUGGAACAUUCUGAGUAAUUUACAUGCCGACACAGUCAACCAAAUUCUGAAUUCUCCCACUCCCAACACUGGUCGCCCAGCCGAGUAAGCGAACAGAAGUCGAGACGAACCAAAGAUCAACAUCCACCAGCUUCCAUACCCCCCUCGCCUCUCAAAAUGGUCUACACUAUCACGGUGCACAUGCGUGCCAAAUCUUCGGACCCAGCAAUCAUCCAAAAGCUCAAGAACAAACUCAUCGAAGCUUCAAGAGUCUACUCCAAGGACAAGGAAACCGUCUCAUGGUUCGUCAUGCAAUCCGUCCACGAUCCAAGGGACUUUACCAUUGUCGAACGCUACGAGCAGGAGAGUAGCCAGAAGUAUCACCUGGAGAACCCAUACUGGAAAACCUUCGACCCCUACGUCAAACCCCUACUCGAGGGAGAAAUGGAUCUGAGAAGGUUCGAGGAGCUGGACACCAGCAAGGACGUUGUCGUCGAGUAAAAGUUACAAGGUCUACCGGGUUGACGAUUGAACGGCCAGAAUGGAUGCUACGGUAUCUCAAACAGUACUUUUCAUCUAUCAACUGUCAUUGAUGUACUUGUCAAAAACAUCUGCAUAAAACUUUCUCCCCACGUCUCUGUGACUUCGGAUUUUCGUUCUCAGCUGUGCCUCGCCCCAGGUGUCGUACUGCCCUUGAAGG